AUGCCAGCAGCGUACGCAUUCGCACCAACACCACUCGAGGGCCUGCACAUCGUGUGGUACGGCACAUCGCACUAUGAACCAGUCGAGGAAAUCGAGAACGCGAUCUUGGAAGCCGCCAGAGCUGUGCAGAGAACUUACAACUACACCUCGCCCGAAGAAGGCGGCCCCAGGAUCGUGGAGUUCCAGAACCAUAGUCCGACACAGCUGGAAGUCUCGGUCAAUGCCAUCAAAGAUCGAUUCUAUGACAAGAUGAAUGCACUGCAAGGAGAGACGAAUACGUUCUGGACUGGUUCGGCAUGGGAGAGUCAUGGUUCGAGUGCUAUCUGGAACAUUAUGGAGUAUGAGGUGCUACCGAGGAUCUUGGAGGCUCUGGAUCAGUAG